AUGGCGGACCAAGCAUCGACGACCGAUACACCGCUCGAGGGCACGCCAGCGGCCGAUGUCGAAAUGGGCGACAGCGGAGAGCCCGCGCAAGAGAACAACAACACCAACGACGAUCCCGAGCAGCAAGGCGACAAUGAAGGCGACGACAACGACGAGGGCGUCGAGAUGGCGGAGAUCGAGCCCGAGACCCCCAAGGUGGUCAAGUUCCUGGACUUUCUGAAGUCGCCCAUCAUCGAGCUCGUCGUGGGCAAGGGCGAGGAUGAAACCCUCCUCACGGCGCACCAGGCGCUGCUCACCAAGUCGCCCUACUUCGCAGAUAAAUGCGCCCAAUUCGCCGACAGCGACUCCCGCCGCCGCGUCGAGCUCGUCGACGAAGACCUCGACGCCAUGGGCUCCCUCCUCGAAUACCUCUACCACAACGAAUACUUCCCGAAGCGGCUCUCGGCGGACAAGGACUCGAAGCUCGAGUCGGACCCGUCGGCACCGGGCCCGGACACGCACGGCGUGCAGCUGCUGCGGCACGCGCGCGUCUACACGCUGGCGGACAAGUUCGGCCUGCCCGAGCUCAAGUCGCUCGCGCACUCCAAGAUCCACCGCACCGAGAGCACCGCGCGCGGCGAGAUCGCCUACGCCCGCUACGUCUACGCCAACACGGCGCCCGACGACCGCACCAUCCGCCGCCCCGUCGCCGCCUUCUGGGCCCACCGCUCCCACGUCCUGCGCCACCACGCCGAGGACGAGUUCCGCGCCAUGUGCCUCGAGUUCCCCCAGUUCGGCUUCGACGUCCUCAGCCUCGUGCUCGACGCCAAGGAGAAGCGCGGCGGCGGCAGCGGUGGCGGUGGUCACAGCGGCGAGCCCGUCGUUGGCGUCGCGAGCAGCGCGGCCGCGGCCGCGGACCUCCCGCGCAGCGCGAGGAAGAGGGCGAGGGUCAGUCAUGGCUGA